AUGGAACCAACGGGGUAUAAAUUUUGGUGUUGCCGAUGUACCAGGAAUGUGGUAAAUGAUGUUGCAGGGAUUAACUAUAAUUCAUCAUUAUUCAAUGGCGUUGUGGUUACCCGGCAACCACUUCCCAGCAAUCAAAGUAAUUGUUGCCCCAAUAAUUUAAGCCUUUCCAAUUAUGCUUCUGAAACUAAAAAUAGUUUCAAUGUAAGAACGUAUGAAUUAGACGAUGAUAGUGAAAUGAGAAUCAGUAUGAAAAGGUUGAAAGAAGAAAGUGCUAAUAUAACGACUAUUGUACUUGAUAAUCUUAUCAGUGAAUCAGAAAAUGUGAAUCCAGCAGAAGUGACAACGAAUGAACAAAAGGUAAUGGAAAAUUUUCUUCAAAAACAAGAUUCAAUUGAAAAUAUGCAUAAUAUGGAAGAUAUUGUUCUUUCGGAUGUUAAUGAAGAAGAUCCAUGGAAAUUAAUUACUGGCAAUGAGCAGCAAAUAACGAGAAUAGGUGGUGAUCAUAAAGAGCAUAUUGUGCAUGAUAACUUCAAUGAUAUUGCUAAUUACGAUGGCAAAGAAGAAUUCAACGAAAUGAAUGAUAUUUCGGAUAAUUUUAGUAUUUCUGAACAAACUUCAAAAUUAGAAUCAUUUCAAGGAAAUAUCAGCCAAAUUAAACAACCAAAAAUUAAGCUAAAUGAAGUUGAAUUUAUGAUGAACGUUAGUGAAACCAAUGAUUCUGAAGAUGUCGGCAAUUUUAGCAAUUCCAUAAUUAAUUUAACCACUUUUACUAACCGAAAACUAUCGACUAACACUAAUGAAAGUGAUCAUCUUUCAAUGAUAUGUAUUCCGGAUGAUAAUCUUAUACCAAAGAAAGAAAGUGCUCAAAAUGUCAACAUUUUGAUGGGGGUUGAGCGCAAAAAUGUAUCAACAUCAGAACGUGACAUUGAAGCAUUCGUACAAUCGAACAAAAUGUAUGCCAAUGAUGUGUCAAGCUCAUCAACAAGUGAUAGUGAUGAAGCACCUGAAAUAAUCAUAUCAACUAAAAAUCACCAGAAAAUUCUCAAUAUCACGAAAGAAUCAGGAAUGACGGAUAUUUCGAUGAGGAAACAGAUGAAUACAAAAGAUGAGGAUAUACUAGAAGAUGAUAAAUAA